AUGCCUCCCAACAGCAAUGCGAUACCGCCGCGUAAGGAGGCAACAGGUCAACCGGCUCUACCAUGUAUGAACUCACCCAACAUCCCCUCCAUCAUACGCCCUGGUUCUCAUUCUAACUCCUUGGCAGUGGCCCGCGUGAAAAAGAUCAUCGGCACAGACCCGGACAUCGGCAUCUGCUCAAACAACGCGGCCUUUGUGAUCACUCUGGCAACCGAAAUGUUCAUCCAGCACCUCGCCUCCGAGGGCCAUAACAUGGCCAAGGCCGAACGCAAACCCCGCCGCAACGUCCAGUACAAGGAUCUGGCAACCGCCGUGAAUCACCACGACAACCUCGAGUUCCUCGAAGACGUCAUCCCCAAGACCGUCCCCUACAAGCAGAUCAAGGACCAGGCCGCCGCUUCCCGCGCCCAGCCCAGGAAAGCCGACCAGGAGCCCAAGAAGCGGCAGUCUACCCUCAAGACCGGCGCCGCCAACGGUGUGAACGGCUCUGCUGGUUCCGCUGCCGCCGACCCCGUGACGACGGCGCUGCACUCCGAUGACUCCGCCGCCCAGCUCGGAGCACGGUCCCGCCAGUCUGCCGCCAACGGCGACGACGAGGACGUCGACAUGACGGGCUGA